UAAAAACCCCCAGUAUAUAACAAAAACAGAAACAAGAACAAAAAUAUAUAAAAAUGUCCACACACUCCCGCUGGGUAGUCCUAGCCUUAGCAAGCGGCGCAUUCGCCGCCCUAAACGGCCUCUUCGCGAAACUAACAACCGAUACCCAAACAACAACCUUCUCGAAAUCUCUUCUUGCCUUUCUAAGUCUAACAGGCGAUCAUCCUAUCCUAGAGAUGUUGGUUAGGGGUGUAUGAUUCUCCCGUCCCUUUCCGCCUUAUCUGUGAAUUGCCCCCCUUGGGGGUGGAGCUCAUUGUUUACUUGCAUGUUAUGUAAGUUGUAUGUGUGUAUGUGUGCUAAGAGUGUGAAAAAUUAGGCUUGUCUGGGUCUUAAUGUCCU